AUUUCCUCACACAUUUUCGACCAUGUUGACCUCCGCCAGACUCGCAAUUGUAGCACUCUUCGUCCCCAUCGUUCUCGCCGGAAAGCGUGGCCUAUGCUGGACCUACUUCGAUGGAACACUCGAUCCUGGUGUUUUCAAUAACGGAGAUGGAGAAGUUGUUGCAAUGUAUGCUAGAUAAAUACUCGCAUUCGCAGUCUCGCUAACAGUAAACAGCUACGAUUAUGAGACAUACGCUCCGCCUUCCACCAAUGGAAACGGUGGCCUCGGAUUCAUCGGCAUGCAGCGCUGCACCGACUGCUCAUCCAGUCCUAUCGCAGAUCUGGCAUCACGUCAAGCAGCACAAGGCUGGGCUA